UAGCAGGCUCAGAAAACCUGAAGAGCAGAAACAUGGCCGGCAUACCAGCUCAUGCUGCAGUCCAACACCUGAGGAUGGUGCUGGUCGGGAGAACCGGAGUUGGGAAGAGCGCAUCAGGAAACACCAUCUUAGGGAGAAAAGCCUUCGAGUCCACAUCCUGUUUCUCUUCAGUGACGUCACAGUGUCAGAAGGAAACGGGAGAGUUUGGGGGUCAGACUCUGGCUGUGGUCGAUACUCCAGGUCUGUUUGACACCAAAAUGCCUGAAGAGCAGGUGAAGAGAGAGAUUGCUAGAUGCAUCUCCUUCGCUUCUCCUGGUCCUCACGUGUUCCUGGUUGUGAUCCAGGUGGGCAGGUUCACCAAAGAAGAACAAGAAACAGUGAAGAUCCUCCAGGAGAUGUUUGGAGACAAAGCAGCAGCUUUCACCAUGGCCUUGUUAACCCACGGAGACAACCUGGAUGCAGAUGGAGUCGACUUGGAGACGCUAAUUACCGGAAACGAAGCCCUGCACUGCUUCAUCUGUCAGUGUCAUGGAGGAUAUCAUGUUUUUAACAACAGAAAAGAGGAUCCGUCUCAGGUCAAAGAGCUGCUGAAGAAGGUCAACACCAUGGUCCAGAGAAACCGAGGACGCUGCUACAUCAGUGAGAUGUUCAUAGAGGUCGAGAGAGCCAUCAGAGAAGAGAAGACGACUCUUCUGAGAGAUUAUCCAGGCAUGGCAGAAGAAGAAGCGAGAAGACGAGCGGAGAGGAAGAACAAGUUCCUGAAGGUCGUUGGGAUAGGAGCGGGUGUUGGGAGCGUGCUGGGCCCGCUGGGAGCGGCACUGGGAGCAGCAGUGGGAGCUACAGCCGUCGCCAUAAAACGUGGCGACUGUGUCAUACUGUGAAAAUGUGUUUGAUCACAGUCUCAUCAUCGUUCUGCUUUUAUGUGACUGUCGUCAUUUCAUGGCGUCGUCAUGCAUUGUCAUGAAUAUAUAUAUGUAAUGUAAUGUAAUGUAAUGUAAUAGAAUAGAAUAGAAUAAUAGCCAUUUACUGUCAUUGUACAUGUAUAAUGAAAUUGUGGGUACUCAGGUGAAAGAUAUAUACAAUGAGAGGGAAGCACACAAAACAAGAGAGCAAGUCUCUGUCUUCAUAUAUAUGUAUCUGUAUACAUACAUAUAUAUAUCUCGGGUAUCUCCGAGUGUUCGUGUAAAGCCUGAUUGGGAGCUUAGAGUUGAUUUCCUGUUGUUAUUGGAGAACAUUUUGUAAACAGUAAAUAUGUACGCAGUGUCCAUAUUACACACUUUACAUCAGUUUGGCAGAGAAUCAAACUGUCAUUGUGUGUGUGUGUGUGCUUAACGUAUUAAUUAUUCAGCCUGUCAUAAAAACAAGAAAACAGAACUAUUUUAGCCAAAACGUGUUAAAAACUAACAAUUUUCUGAUUAAUAAUUUGACUAAUAACAAACUGAUUUCAUGUUUCACACUGAGGUUUGAGUCGGCUCACUCAUUUAAUCGAUAACAACAAUAAUGACAUAAUUAUCUAUUUAGUAUUGAAAUGACUGUAGAGCUGUCCCAGCUGUGAGUUUAAAGAAACAUGAAACAUGAUGUGUUCACUUCCAGCACUGUGACUGUGGGACAGCUGUGCUCACACACUGGCUGCUGGUAAAAUUAAAUGUGUCUUAAAGGUGAGAGUCUUUAUGUCAUUAAUCAUUAUCAGUUAUUGAUCAUGUGACAUAUGGGAUGCUUUUCUUUACAAUCAGUACUUUACUGUCAUGGUCCAUGACCCUGUGUCUGAGGAGUGUGUCCAUGAGUGUCCAUGGACUCAUGGACCAGAUGCCCUGGUGGCCACACCCCUGGGCUGGGCCAUCACCUGCACACCUUCCAUUCCAGGCAAUUACCUGGAGGACUAUUUAACCCUGCGCUGGCGGAUGCUCCACGCCACUCCGUUAGUCACCCAUCAGUGGUAACUGGGCUCCCCGCAAAAGCUUUGUAUAUAUGUGUCAGGUGAACUACGUUAAUUCUGCCUUCGUGUGCCUAGGUUGAGUCUGCUUUUGGAUCCCGCUUGUGUGUGCGCACUGCGGUUCCUGACAGUUACAGUGCAUCAUGACUCGGUGCACGCUGCACCUGCUUCAGAAAAUGAUAUGAUUAUGUGUUUUUAACCUGACUGUGUCAGAGGUACAAAUGUGACGUUUGUAAUCAAGUAAAGGUUAACGACUGGUUACAAUAAAAAUCUGCUUCAAAUA